CAGUAACUCCUCCACAUUUCCGGUGACCUAACGUGAACAAACUGUUUCACCGUUGUCUUCAGCUCCUGGAUUAACAUUGUAGGUGUGAAGUCAGUGCAUUUGAUAUGGAUGUAGUUACAUCUGUAUGUUUAUUUCACAACGUUUAGUUAAGUUUGAUCCAUACGCUUUAGUUUGAGGUUGGGGGCCGUAACCUUGGCGCGCAUGCCUUUAACAUCAUCGCUAUUGUAGAAGAAGUGGUGGACCCAAAAGAAAACAUGACAGGUGCCUUUCAAGGUUUGACCUCCUUAUCAACCAAGAUCCUGACAGAAGCUACACUUUUACCAUGCCCAUGGUUUGUGUCUGCACGCAGCAAGUUUUCCAAAGCAAGAAUCCCAAAAGAGAUUUUUGUUGAGAGAUCAAAAGAACAUGAGAAGUAUGGAGGGGAUCCGGACCAACCUCAUAAACUGCAUAUAGUGACUCGAGUCAAAAGUGUAAUGCGAAGACCAUACUGGGAGAAAGACAUGGUGAAACACCUGGGGCUUGAAAAGGCACAUGUCCCUGUAAUUCACAAAAAUACACCAGCGGUCAACAGCCAGCUGAAAUUUGUCAAGCACCUGGUGAGGAUACAGCCGCUGAAGACUCCCUAUGGACUCCCUGCUGAGCAGGACAUGGCCGACACCUACAUUAACAGCAACGGAGAGCUGAUUGUCCGUCGUCUACUCCAACCUGUAGACCCCAAGGCUAUCGAAUCUUAGCCUCACUCUCAAUAAAUUAAUAAUUCAGUUGUAAAUAAAUAUCAUGGAAAUGACCCUGUGCUCCAUAUCUACCAGUUCUGAUUCCACUACUUGAAGGUAGCUGUAUGCAAUGUGUUUUGAGUUCUUGGACUAAUGAUUAAAAUGAGAAAUGUUGUCAUCACACUCUAUAACAAGUCCCUCAACAAACUAGAGGUCUGUCUCAUGAAGCAGGAAUGAAAAUUACUUGUUUUUCUGAAUAAUUUUGCUGAGUAAAACCUGUGUUUCAGGUUUAAAUGUGCUCUGGAUUUACUCAGUAGUUAUCCAGGCAAGUUUGUUUAUUUUGUCUAUCAGUAAAUGCAUUUAAAUUCCAACCUAUCAACCAUACAGCUGUUACAACUGUAAACUGCAAUCUGUUUUCCAUCACAAUUCAGAAACAGGUGAUGCCUUAGAUUCCUCAUUAAACACGACAUAUACGUACCCAAAAUAAAGACCUUUUGAAAUGAAA